AUCUUGUCUUGAGUUGAACUAAAGCAAAAUGUUUAGGAAGCGAAUCAAAGAUUUAGUUCAUGAGUCAAAUCUGAUCAGCGGGCUUCAUGCUUGCCGUAGUCGCAGCGGCACCACCAACCAACCGGCCAACAUGGCGUGCUUGGAUGUACACGUCCGAAUAUGCGAACAAGAAAUACUUAAAUAUGAUUUGGAAAUAAAGGCCCUCGUCCAGGAUGUAAGGGAGUGUACGGGACCUCAAAGCACACUGACAGAACUCAAUUCAAAAGUGAUAGAGAGUUUCCAGAACCUCAGGCUGCGGAUACAGGAUCUAGAGCAAAUGGGCUUGGAGCAGGACAAGGAGUCUGAUAAGCAGGCUUUACUGCAGCAGGUAGAGGGUCAUCGAAAACAGAUGAUCAGCAACCAAAUUGCUUGGAGAAAAGCAAACCUGACCAGUAAAAUGUCAAUCGAUGCCCUGGAGAAGGAGGCUCUGCUUAAUGGAGACGAUGCUUUGAGGAAAAGGAAGAAGACCAAGGGGGACCUGACUCAGACCUCCAGUGACAUCACAGAGAGCCUGAUGAGCAUGAGUCGUAUGAUGGCACAGCAGGUGGAGCAGAGUGAGGACACCAUGACAACACUGGCCACGUCCUCCAAGUCGGUCCAGGAGACCAACGAGGAGUUCAAGGCCAUGACAGGCACCAUCCAGCUGGGCAGGAAGCUUAUCACCAAGUACAACCGUCGGGAGCUCACCGACAAGCUGCUCAUCUUCCUGGCCCUGGCCCUCUUCUUCUCCACCGUGCUCUACAUUGUCAAGAAGAGACUCUUCCCCUUCCUGUAGGAGACCACCAUGGAAAGCCCCCCCCCCCCCCCCCCACACACACACACUCCAAACGCUUUAAUAUCUCCUCCCAUCUGAAGUCGAAUACUCGAAUACUGCUGCUAGCGAGCCGACUCUGUGCAUGGCAUUGUGGAUGUUGUGCUCUGCUGUAUGCCUGUGGUGCUGUUUAGGUGUACUCCGUAGGAUAUCUAUUGAUCAAUCAAUCUCCGGUAACCCAUUGCCUCAAAAAAGCAAGCACUGAUUGCACACUGGUUCACUAAGGUUUUAGUGUUCUCCGCAAAUAUCCCAGUAGCAGGAAGUGAGCUGUAGUUCUCUCUAUUAUUUUGGUGAUGCUGUGCAUUGCCGUGAAUGAGGGCCAAUGUCAGUAGAGUUAGCUGGUUUUAAAAUAUAUCUAUUUUAAUAUUGUUAUUAAUAUUCCACCUCUUUUCCUUCUAUUGCCCAAAGCUGGAUAAGGAAAAGCUUAAAGGUUAACCAUAUCAUUUCUUUAUUCCAUUUUUUGUCAAUCCCUUCUCUCCCUAGUAACUAACGUUAUAAUAAUCCGAAAAUAAAUACUAUUUUAUUUUAACACACUUAUAUUGAGUGUCUUUAAUUGAAAAUCUCUGGGUGUAUUCACUAUUUAAAAUCCCGACAGUGAUUGUUUGCACUGUAAUUAUCCUGUUAUUUGACGUUACAUUUAGUUAACCAAUUUGAAGAAAUUACUUAUUUUUGAGAAUUGGAGCUUUACAUUAUUUAAUAAUCAUCCCAAUGUUUAUUUAUAUAUCAUAUCCCCUGUUUGCAAUUGAAUUGUUAUUAUAUAACCUGCAGUAUUUGUAAGGCUUACAUGGACCAAUAAACCAUACCAGUGUACUAGCAA